UGGUGCAAUAUUUACAUUUAUUCCACGGCCAAUAUUGCCUUCACGUUGGACGAUGUCGACCAAUGCAUUCCUAAUAUAACCAACAUUUGACCAAUGUUUAGCUAAUGCGCUGUGCUACUGGGCUGAUAACUCAUUAAUAAUAUUUUUAAUUACUUUGCGUUUUUUUUUUAGCGUUUCGUAUCGCACGUUAUUUCGCCUCUCUCUGUCGCGAAGUUGCAGACAGGAUGGAUCUGGAGUUCCCGCAUGGAAACACAUGGAUACGAUUUAUUGAUCAAACGUACUCUUGUACGCGAGAGAUUUGGAGACAUCGUGCCGUAAACGGAGAACGUUAAUCUGAAACGCGAACUCGACAGAGUCGUUCAUUCUACAGGUCGAAGGAAUGGCAGAUCAGCUGGAACACAUAAUACCGCCGUGGGAGGUCGAGGCCUUCGUGCAGAGCUUGAACGUCUCGGACCUCGAAAACGUCGGUACCAAGGGCUGGCUGGAAUUCCAUAAGAAACUGGCGUUGCUAAACCAGCAGAGUGUGUUCGAGAUAUCUGAACUGCGCGAGGAGAGCGUCAUGGAAUGGUUCAUCUCGUUAAAAAAAACUCCUAUUCUUGUGUACGAAGCUAUACAAAUGGACAUAUGGAAGCACAAGGUGUUCCCGCUUCUGAUCGAUCUCAAUGGCGAGCCGACGAACACGUUCAUGCUGUACAGCGUGCUGUAUCACGAAGUUAUCGUGGUCUCGUUAUUGGAACAUGUAUUGUUCCAUUGCGAAGGCGCGCAAACGGCGGACGACACGGCGAUCGAUCUCAUCGAUUACACCGUGCAACGCGUAACGACGCUUCUCGAUGGAAAAACCGAAGAUAUAUACGAGAGAUCCGAAAUCACAGACGCCAAUUCCUGCUUGGAAGAGAUAGUGGAGAAGCAGAAGGCAUUCGAGUUCGACAUUGGGAUGCGGUGCAUCUCGAUUCUUCACUAUCUGAUCGAAAUUUUGGACAGCUUGCCCCUCUGCGCGAUCUCGCGUAUGCUGGCGAUACAUGACGUUCCGUACUUAUUCGCGCAGCUGAUUGAGAGUCAGCCGUGGAAGAAGCAAAAUGAGGACGGCGAAGUGAUGACGUACGAGGCCAGCUGGAAGAAAAUUAAGACCAACGAAAUUGGGAAGAUCAAUAAAAGGGAGGGGCAGGUGUGGUUCGGUCUGCGAGAAUUGCUUCUUAAUCCGAAGUGCUCUCCGUACUACGAGAUCACAGAGCACAGGCUGUCCCAGCUAUCGAAGUUGCAGAGACAUUUGCACGAAGAUGUGCUCGAUCAAAUCGCUCCUUUGAUAGAGCUUAAGAGAUGGCUAUCUUAUUUGAACAUAUCGCCGGGGAUGCCGUCCUCAGGCACGACCUGCCCGGUUCGCGUGGAAGUUUUGCCGCAGAUAAAGUCGACUAUUUUGGAGAAAUACCAUAAGAAGUGGAAGAAACUGGCUCGACAUCAGUCCAAGUGUCUAUUUACCACGGAUGCGAGUUACAUUAAAGACGCCGCGCAAAUUUUAAAUGACGUCUACGAUUUGGAGAAGUUAGAUCGUAUGGAAGCGAAAAGAUGUUCGUUAUGCCAAGAACCGUCUAAGAAACGAUGCUCCAGAUGCAAGGAAGCUUGGUAUUGUAGCAGAGAGUGCCAAGUGAAAGACUGGGAAAGCCACAAGGAUAUUUGCAACACGACGACGAAAAAACAAAACAGUGAUAACGUAGAUUCCUAGCGAUUAAGAAUAUGCGUAUUCAUCAAAAUAAAGUAACCUUAUCUCUC